AUGGCAGACAUCGAUCCGUCACUCUCGGAAGACGCCGCUAACGCGGAGGAGAACCAGAUCCCGCCCAUCUCACAGGCCAUUCCGCAACAGCCCGCCAUGCAGACGAUGCAACCGCAGCACCCGGAUCAGUAUCGCGCUCUACCGCCACCACAGCAGAUGUACGCGCCGCCAUACCAACCUCACCCGCAUAUGGCGUAUCCGCCGCCGCAGCCAGCGCCUAGGCAGCGUACGGCCAUCGCAUGUCGCUACUGCCGUCGUCGCAAAAUUAGAUGCUCCGGAUUCGACCAGUCCGAGGAUGGCCGCUGCACCAACUGCGUGAGGUUCUCUCAAGAAUGCGUCUUCACCCCAGUCCACGCUCAAACUCAGGCUUUCGUCCCCGCUCACACGGUCUGGCGCGGUCAAGGCGGUCCACCACCGAACACUCAACUCUACGGCGCCUACGGUCAGCCUCUCCCACAGCACGGCGACCGCAACCAAUCGUACCCACCUCAGCAGGGUCAGCCACCACCACCAGGCCAGUACCCGCCGCCACCACAGGGCUACCAACAACCGCCGAUGUACCAACAGCAGCCCCCGCCUCAGCAGCAAGCCGGGCAGAAGCGUUCGACUGAUGAGCCGCACACGCCAACCCUACCGCCACCACCGCCAGGCGCGCAAGCGCAGAUGGGCCAGACUCGUGAAGGGCAGCCGUUCACGUACCCAGAACCAGUCGGUCUGACACCCGUCGGUGCGUCGCCCACUUCUUCUCAUGCUUUUUCCCACUCUGCACAACCCAUGCAACCUUUCUACUACCCCUCAUACCCAUACGAGGAUCCUCGUGCGCCCCCUUCGCCUCAGACGUACAGGCAGCCUGCGCAAGUCUUUGUUGAAACUAGUGCGUCAGCAUAUAUGCAACAGCAGCAGCAGGCGCAAGCCGCCCAAGCGCUGAGGCAAGAGGAGCGCACCUCCCAUGACUCGACCAUGGUCCAGGCACUUCAGCAAGGCGAUGUCACCGACGGCGCCACGACCGCUACUCCAGAGACCGCGAGGCAAGAGGAGGCUGUCUUUUCGACCAAGAAGACCGGAGUCGAUGCAGGUGUGCAGGUCAACCUCAUCGACCUGCCUCCUAAGGGAUCGGAGACCUAG